CAAUGAGAGCAUAUUUAUGUUCGUAGUUCAAUAAUUUUUAUACAUUUCAUGUGGAGCUCCAACAGUCAACUUCUGUUUUGGGCUGAAAGAAAACUCGUUGGGCAAAUUAUUUUCAUGUGGAGAUAAAACAAUCACAAGCAGAAUUUUUAAAGCUACACUAUUAAAAUGGCAGCAAGAAGUUUAUUGCAACUACGAAGACUAAACAGAUUAGUAACGACUACGGGGAAAUGCUACAGGUAUAGCACAGAAGCUGCGAGCAAUUCUGGCUAUUCAUUUGAUAUGUCUGAUGAGCUUGGAGCAUUGAGGGAUAUGGCUCGAAAGUUUUCACGUGAAGAAAUCUUACCUGUUGCUGCUGAACAUGACAGAACUGGAGAAUACCCAUGGGAUAUAAUCAAAAAUGCUCAUGCUCUUGGUCUGCUGAAUACACAUAUUCCGGAGGAAUAUGGUGGUCUAGGACUUGGAUCAACUGAAAGUUGUUUGAUCACUGAAGAAAUUGCUUAUGCUUGUACUGGAAUUCAGACUGCUAUGGAGGGAAAUGGAUUAGCGGAAGCUCCUGUGAUUUUGGCUGGGAAUCAUGAACAGAAGAAGAAAUAUCUAACAAGAAUGAUUGAGGAACCUCUAAUAGCUGCUUACUGUGUAACUGAAGCAAUAGCCGGCUCUGAUGUGGCAGGAAUUAAGACAAAGGCUGAAAAAAAGGGAGAUCAUUAUGUGCUGAAUGGCCAGAAAAUGUGGAUUACAAAUGGUGGCCAUGCUAACUGGUACUUUGUUCUCGCCAAAACAGAUCCUAAUGCUAAAGCCGGUCAAGCAUUCUCAGGUUUUAUUGUUGAUCGUGAUACUCCCGGCGUCUCUGUGGGAAGAAAGGAAUGGAAUAUGGGUCAGAGGGCUUCUGAUACCAGAGGUGUCAACUUUGAAGACGUUCUUGUGCCAAAAGAGAAUCUCCUUGGCGCAGAAGGCUAUGGUUUUAAGAUUGCGAUGGGAGCAUUUGACAGGACGCGACCCCCGGUUGCAUCAGGAGCUGUUGGGCUCGCACAGAGAGCGUUCGAUGAAGCCACGAGAUACGCAUUGGAGAGAAAAACGAUGGGGAAACCUAUUGCUAUGCACCAAGCUAUUCAGUUUAUGUUAGCUGAUAUGGCGAUUGGAAUUGAAUCGUCCAGAUUGACCGUGCUUAGAGCUGCUUAUCAGAUAGAUCAGGGAAUAAGGAACACAUACUUUGCUUCAAUAGCAAAAUGUUUGGCUGGGGAUGUCGCUAAUAAGUGUGCAACUGAUGCUGUUCAAAUCUUUGGUGGAAAUGGAUUCAACUCAGAAUAUCCAGUUGAGAAACUUAUGAGAGAUGCUAAAAUUUUCCAGAUCUAUGAAGGAACAGCACAAAUCCAAAGAAUGAUUAUUAGUCGCGAGAUCUUUGAACAGGCAAUGAAAGGUUAAGUUAAGGUUUUAGUUUCACAAACUCCAUUUUGAAUUGGCAGGAAAUUUCCAUAUAUUUCACAAUAUAUACUGUACAAUGUUUUGUCAUAUACUGUACAUACUAGAUCACACCAAGUAUAGAAUGUUUUUCAAACCAAAUUUCUUCACAGAAUAUUCAAUAUUGCAUACUCUAAUAUAUUUACCCUAAUUAGCACUGUUAUGAAUUGUUGAGGGGUAAAACCAUGUAUUCACUUACUGAAAUUUUUAAAUAUAAAAUCAACAGUAAACUAAUA